AGACUAUAAAUACAUAUAGCUACUGUUAUGUCUUAAUUUACUUUAUGCAGCUGCAAAAGAGUUGACUAUUUUAUAUUUUGUAUAGCCUAUAGGUUUGUGUUUGUUGUUCUAUGUGCAUCUUAUAACGCGCGUUUUUGUCGCUAUUUUAUUUGCUACGUCAGACAGAAAUCUAUAUCUUUAAAUUAAACAUAGUUUUCAAUCUUUUCUAAAGCGUUCAGUUUCAUUCCGGUGCAUUCCGUUUGACACUUAGCAGCGUGAACAAACCGGUCGAAUCAUUUCAAUGACUCAGGUGAACCGAUUCAGUGAACCGAUCUGAACCAUUCGUUCACGCGGACUGAAUCGAUAAGCGAAUCAACAACUCGACGAAAACAGUUACCCUCAGACCCUCAGACGUCAUCAUCACGUCAUCAUCAGAACUCAUCCACCAUGGGUCACUUAACUUCUGCAUUACUGAGGGGCCUUUCUCUCAUGCUGGUGACCCGGGGUGUGUUUGCCAUGGUGCUGUUUAAUGCCACGGAUCUUGGCAUUCUCUUGGAUAAGUACCUGGAUGAUGACAGAGACUGGAUGGUGGAGAGACAGCGAGGCAAGAGGGCCAUCACUGCCAGUGACAUGCAGGCCAUCCUGGACCUUCACAACAAACUUAGGGGGCAGGUCUACCCACAGGCUUCAAAUAUGGAAUACAUGGUGUGGGACACUGAACUGGAGAGGAGCGCUGAGGAAUGGGCAGAGACCUGCCUGUGGGAACAUGGCCCAGCUGGCCUGCUGCCUCAGAUUGGUCAGAACCUAGGAGUGCACUGGGGAAGGUAUCGUCCACCUACUUCUCAUGUACAAGCCUGGUAUGAUGAGGUCAAAGACUACUCAUUCCCAUACCCCCAGGAAUGUAACCCUCACUGUCCUUUUAGGUGUAAUGGUCCAGUCUGUACCCACUACACUCAGCUUGUUUGGGCAACUAGUAGUCGAAUUGGCUGUGCGAUCAAUGUGUGCUACAACAUGAAUGUGUGGGGCCAGAUUUGGGCAAAAGCAGUUUAUCUUGUGUGCAACUACUCACCAAAGGGUAACUGGUGGGGAUAUGCGCCAUAUAAACAUGGCACCCCUUGCUCUGCCUGCCCACCUAGCUAUGGAGGAUUUUGCAGAGAAAACCUUUGUUAUAAAGGUGAUGGAACAAAUAGACAAAGCCCACCUGAGGAAACAGACGAAAGAAAUUCUAUAGAUCCUGAGGCCCCUCAUAGCCCUAGACCCCGUUUACCGGCCCCAAGUCCAACCAGACGCCCAAAUGCAGUUGUGAGCAAAGAGCAGAUGUCACAGAUUGUGACAUGUGACACAAAGCUAAGAGACCAGUGUAAAGGCACCACAUGUAAUAGGUACGAGUGUCCUGCUGGUUGUUUAGACAGCAUGGCGAAAGUGGUUGGAACAGUGUAUUAUGACAUGCAAUCCAGUAUUUGCCGUGCAGGCAUUCAUUAUGGUGUCAUUGACAAUGAUGGAGGCUGGAUGGAUGUCACAAGACAGGGCAGAAAGGACUUCUUCAUCAAAUCAUACAAAAAUGGACUUCAGUCCCUUGGGAAGUACCAGAGUGCCAAUGCCUUCACAGUAUCCAAAGUGACAAUAAAAGUUAUCACAUGUGAGACUACAGUUUCUGUGCUGUGCCCUUACCAAAAGCCUGCAAGACACUGUCCUAGGAUUUACUGUCCUCGCAACUGCCUGCAAGAAAAUCCCCACCUUUCUCGAGUCAUUGGCACCAGUAUUUAUUCAGAUAAAUCUAGUAUAUGUAGGUCUGCAAUCCAUGCUGGCGUCUUAAGCAAUGGGUCAGGUGGUUAUGUUGACGUGAUGCCCACAGACAACAGGAAGCUGUACAUUUCCUCAUACCAGAAUGGCAUAGUCUCAGAAAGCCUGCAGAACCCCACGGGAGGCAAAGCAUUCAGAGUAUUCGCAGUUGUUUGAGCGUGUGCUGAAAUCGCGACCACUCAUCAACUCAUUCUGUUGAUUAGGCUGUAAUAGUGGCCAUUGAGAGGCCUUUUCUUCUCUAACCAGCCUAUGCUGUAUUUCCUUUCACACAAAUGUUGACUGAAGAAGAAUUUGCUGUAUAGAUGGAGACCCUCUCAAAUGCAUCAAGCUGAUUAGCAAUUGUAUUGCUUAAAAAGCAUGUAAUUAGAGGAUUAUUCAGGGAAUAUGGUGUCUGUAUUGCAAAGAAAAAGCACUUAAGUUGAGUUUUAAUCUUCCAUUAUUUUCAUAAAGAACAUUUCAGAGACAGUUAUAGCAUAUCUUUGUAUAUAUUCUAGUAACAUGUUAAGGAAAUUGUCACUAUAAUAACAUAAUAUAAUAUACAUAAUAUAAUAACAUAAUAAAACACUAUAAUAAUAAUAAU